AUGUACAAGGAUGCUGACAGCAAUAUCCGUGGUACCCCAAACAGGAAACUACCCAAAUGCCCAUCCAUGGUAGAACAGACAAGAUGCAGUGGGCGGCACUGGUCCCACUACAUCCUCCUGGAACCUCACCACCCUGAAGCAGCAGAAUCCUUCGAUCGCAAGCUCAGCAGCAUCCUCACCGACAUCUCCAGCUCGCUGAGCUGCCAUGCGGGCUCCAAGGACUCGCCCACGCUGCCCGAGUCGUCCGUCACCGACCUGGGCUACUACAGUGCCCCCCAGCACGACUACUACUCGGGCCAGCCCUACGGCCAGACGGUGAACCCCUACACCUACCACCCCCAGUUCAACCUCAACGGGCUCGCGAGCACGGGCGCCUACUCGCCCAAGUCGGAAUAUACCUACGGGACCUCCUACCGGCAGUACGGGGGGUACCGGGAGCAGCCGCUGCCCGCCCAGGACCCAGGUGAGGACGCGGAGAAUGGGAGGCACCGGCGGGCUCCCGGGGAAAGGAAGGCGGGGAGCUGGAGCCGAGAUCUAGAGGCGCGUCGGCGACCCGACAGGGACGGCCCGGGGCGAGGGAAGGCGGGAGGCGGCCCCGGGAGGAAGCCCGGCUUUCCAGCCCCGGCACUGCGCGCGUCUGGGGCGCGCUGCUCGCUCCGGGCCCGGGCCUCGGAGGGAGAUCGGGGAGAGUUAGGAGGGAGUGGAAAGGGGCCGCGGGUUGUCGGGGAACAUCCUAAUGGAGGUGCUUUCGCGGGGAGCUCGGCAGACAGUCCUCCGUCUGGCUGCAGAGGGCUUGGGGGUGGGCAUCGGGGACAGCAAGCUCCAGGGACGCUGACCAUCUACUCCAGCUACCAGCUGGCCGCCCUGCAGCGCCGCUUCCAGAAGGCCCAGUACCUGGCGCUGCCCGAGCGCGCCGAGCUGGCCGCGCAGCUGGGCCUCACGCAGACACAGGUGAAAAUCUGGUUUCAGAACCGCCGCUCCAAAUUCAAGAAGCUCUACAAGAACGGGGAGGUGCCUCUGGAGCACAGCCCCAACAACAGCGACUCCAUGGCCUGCAACUCGCCUCCGUCACCCGCCCUCUGGGACACCUCCUCCCACUCCACUCCGGCCCCUGCCCGAAGCCAGCUGCCCCCGCCGCUCCCGUACAGUGCCUCCCCCAGCUACCUGGACGACCCCACCAACUCCUGGUACCACGCACAGAACCUGAGCGGACCCCACUUACAGCAGCAGCCGCCUCAGCCGGCCACCCUGCACCAUGCCUCGCCGGGGCCCCCGCCCAACCCUGGGGCUGUGUACUGAGCACCCACCUGGCCUGAACCUCCCACGAAGGACUCCCGGGACCAGACAGAAGGCGUCUCUGUCCUCGCCGACACUCAGGAAUCAUCGAGGAGCACCGGGGAAAGGGAAUGCCCCUUCCCCUGCCCUUGUCCCUUCCUCCAGGGACCCAAGAGCUCCAGAUGAAAUUUGCAUGGGCCACGGAUGUCCCCUGAACCUCUGUCCCCCUGCCUAGACACUGGGGUACCCUUCCAGAUGCUGGGACACCCCACUCCAGCCGGGACAGGUGGUCUCCUUCUGUCCCAGGGGCCUGGAUUGGCUUUACGUGGCUUGUCACCUUGCCGCCUCUGACACUUAGUGCUUGUUUCCCAGACUGGAGACCGUGGGGACUGGGGGACUGGGGAGUGUUUGCCGGUCGGGCCUGGUCUGGGACACCAGGCAUUGUGGGUGCCGGGGCCUGCCAGGCCUGGUUCCUCCUACGUGAACUGUGGCCCCCUUUUCCUGAGGAUCCCCGCUGCCAAAGAGACAUUGAACGUGGAGACUGGGGCUCAGGGUGGGACCCCAGCCAGCCCCCGCCCCGCACUUGCAGCCCUCAUUUAGGAUUUGAGGGUCAAAGCAAGGAAAGUGGAUAUUUUAAUAUUUGGGGCGUCAGAGGGAAGAACUCCAGGAGUCAUCUCCCUCCUCUCCCCGCUCUGGUUGGAGAGGAGCGGUGGGUCUUAGAAGUCUUUCCUAAGGACCCGUUUCUUCUUCUGUGUACAGGACUUUGCACAACUUUGGUUUUAAAAGCUGUUGAAAAAUAGGAAAACAAAGGGCAUUGUUAACAGAUAGGAUCAAUCUCCCCUCGGUAGGCACCUCUACCCUGCCCCCCCCAUCCUUUCCCCCCACCUCUUCCUCUCCCCCCACUCCACCUCUUCUCCUUCUCCAGUAAGCUGGCAGUUUUGGUGCCAAACCCCAAGUCUCCAAGGAGACAUACGAGGCAAGACAAACCCCAGAACACCCCCUUUCCGGUGGCCUUGGAAACGGAGUGCAUGGGGUGAGGUGCACAGGAGGGGGGGCGUUGUAGCUUGGUGCCUUGAGGGGUGAAGGGGUGGCUAUCAGAGGGCUGGUGGCACUGCCCCUCCUGGCCCAGACAUCGCCCCUGAGCUAACUUUCCUCCACCCCUGAUGUGGUCAACCUUUGCAGAAGAGGAGAGGUAGAAGACUGUAGCUAUAUAUAUAUAUAUAGUCUGUAUUUUUCUAAGAGCAACAGAAAGAAGCUGCCUCCUCCCUGUGUGGUUUCCUAUUUAUGUGGCCCUUUCCUCCUGGAUGUACCUGCCUGUGCAUUGUGAGCUGAGAGACACAGGGCUGGGCUCUGGCUGGAUUGGGGUUCGGUGGGGGGUGCAGAAAUGAGAAGAGAAAUGGUGGAUCUCCAAUAGUCCCACCCAGGGGGGCAGGAACGGAGCUAGCUCCCACUCCCUCCCAGCCUUCUCAUUUCUGCUUUCUUACUGGACCAUCUUUAUAUGUAAUGUUAAUAAAAAAGAAGGAAAUAA